GGUACGUUCAACGUUUGCGUUACAUUUUAGCUUGAUUCGCUAUAUAUUUCUAUUUUAACUGUGAGACUCGCACAAGUGUUUCUCCAGUUCCAUAAAUUUAACCAAUAACUCUUUCACCAAUUAGUUAUGGUUAGUCAUACAAAAAAGCCACGAACUCAGUCACCUGUCAACGUGAUUACUAAUAGUAUAAAUAUGCUCGCAACGACGAGCAGCACAACUCCCACAAAGUAUGGAAAUGAGGCACACAGCUUGCCAAUACGCCGCAAGCGUCGAGCUGCCGGUUCACUACCAUCUACUGUGGCUGAAACUGAGGGCGAAAACUUGCUGACAAACAGCAGUAGCAACGCUUCUACAAACUCAGCACUUGGUCCUGACAUAAACCUCUUCACUUCACCCUAUGUACGUGUCACAAAACUUCAGAUUCCAAGUCCAGCUCCAACACUUACUUCAGAAAUAGAACGACUAAAACUGUCUAUAGAAGAACUGAAGACUGAGAUGCGGGACAUAAGGUGUAGAAAAGAUAUGAAUGCAGGAUUUUCAGAAAAUUUGGCCAACUUAUCUGAACUAUCAACACAGGUUGGUGAUAUAAAAUCACAGGUCUGUGAACUUGCCCCUCUGAACAUCUUGACUAAGACCAUAAACCCUGGCGAACUUGACACAGAAUCAGUAUCUAAGAUAGACACCUUGAUAAACUUCAUCACAACAGAGGUUAUCAAAAGACUUGAUACUAAACUAAGUGUGAUUAUCUACAAUAUACCGGAUAAUGAGGGGUUGAAAAAGGUUCAAAGCAUCUUACUUAGGGCGGCGAAAAUGCCUAACUCCCAAACAAAAUGUCACAGACUGAAGAAGAGUCAGCACGACCACUGCUGUCCUAUACGCCUUCAGUUCGAAACGCAGACAGAGGCUAAAAAAUUCACCAACACACAACGUAUCCUAUUACAGGACACAAGCUACAAACAGGUAAAAGUUGUAGCAGAUAAGACAGUGAUUGAAAGGCGUGCUUACAAUCACCUUAAUAAACCAAAUGGCAGGACACCUCAAGCCACUAAAAUAGAUAUACACACUACCAACACGGUAGAACUCAUAGCUUCCCCCCUCUCUAAUCCCGUAAAAAUAGCUCCAGAGAAAAUGAAACCAAACGAAAGACUUGUGAGCUAUAGUCUUACUCCUAAAGUAACCUCUCCUCCCUCUACGGUGGAUCUAGAUAUGUCUAUGGACAGCCAUAAGAUGGUAAUCAAUCCCUCUUGUAAGCUGACAACAUCCUCUCCUAACCAAAACGUGACAACGCAAAUGGAACUCGGUAACAAAACAGGCCGAAAUACGCCACUUGUUGCGAAGAUUCCCCAACAUAUUCAGACUCCCAAGAAUAUCUCACGCUUUAAGGUAAAUAAUAUUCAAAACCAUGCUAGCAACCAAACUAAAAACAAAAAUAAGGACAUAGAGCCCAAGGACAACAACGACACAACCUACUUGCAUACUGUGCCAAGUCACACUGGUAGCUGGUGUAGUGACGCUAUCACGCAAAGUAGUAAAAGUGACAACACUCGGAACUCAGCCACCAGGCAUGACAUACAAACUAACUUUGGCAGAUUAUACGGAACAAGCCUUCUGGGAAACAAACCACAGUGCAGCUACGCACAUAACGACACCCAUGUAAGGUCUCUUGGAAUGUCCACACACAGUAGGCAGAUUAACAAGUCAUGGGUAUCACAAGGUACCAAUGAUUUUUUAUCCAACACAUCCCUGUCAGCGCUAACCAAACAGCUGGUGGGGAUGUUAACCCUUCUGAACCCGUACCACUAACGUCGGCCCCCUAUCGGGAAGAAAACAGACAUGGGCUAGUACACACGGAACUAUUAGUCACACCCAAAGACUGCACAAGCAUAAGCCAAAUGAAAACCUCAACCCAAGUCUCCAACCUACCCAAGCCUAGAACCACGUCAUUGUAUAGUUUAUCUAAUAAUCAAACCUAUUACCCACUAAAAAAGAUGGAUAGUAACUUGACAGACAUAGGUGGACAAACUGGUUGCAACACAGGGUUGAUAUGCCACGCGGAAACAGCGGAUGCCGAUCCACACUUGAACCUUAUUGACGAGCUUAAACACUUCAAACACUACUUCAAAUCUCAACUCUACUUAAUACUUAUUAAUGCUAGAUCUAUCCUUAACAAACUACCGAUGCUCAGGGCACACACGCUGGUAUACAAACCCCCUAUAAUCAUUAUUACGGAAUCCUGGUGUCACUCCAAUAUACCAGACGAAGAGAUAAGCAUCGAAGGGUACAUACACUUUCGCUGUGACAGGAAGAGUGGUAAGGGAGGAGGCUGUCUAAUGUACUUCCUGAACACACUUACUGUAUUACAGCUAGAAAAUAAGGAACUCAAUGACAUGCACGACACCCUGUGGGUCAACGUACACUUCAAAAGUGCUACACUACUAAUAGGAUGUAUCUACAGAGCACCUGGCACCUUUAGUGAUUACGAGACACAACUUAUAAAUGUACUGGAGCAAGUAUCCACUCUUCCAUACGAGCAUAAGAUCAUAUGUGGAGACUUCAACCUACCCGAAAUCAACUGGGACUUAUUAAAAGGGCCAACUAAAUACGACAAGCUCUUAGGGACACUGGACAUCUUCGGCUGGAAACAAACUGUCACUAUCCCUACAAGAGGUGACAAUGUACUAGACUUAAUAUUCUGUCACGAUAUAAGCCCCCUCUCAAUCUUAGUGGGUUCUAAGUUUUCAGGUAGUGACCACAAAACAGUAAUGUGUGCUCUGCCACUUCCACUGAAUAGCAAUGCAGCUCAUACCUCCACUUCACAACAAGUACUAUAUAGGAACUAUAGUAAGGCAAACUGGACCUUAGUAGAAUCAGUGCUAAGAUCCUCCGAAUGGAGCGAAUACUUCACUACUGAUGACCUCUCGAGAGCUCUGAGCAUCUUCUACCAUAACUCGAACACAUGCUUAGAUGCUGUCAUUCCACUGCAAACACUUGAGCUGUCCCCACAUAGGAAGUCAUUCAUAAAACCAAAGGAUCGUAUGAAACUGAAGAAACUCUCAACAAGUUACUUCAAACACCACGACUUUGGCACACUAGGUUUAAUACUUAACACCCUUAGUUCCAUCUCACAAGCUCGAAAUUUCCGUAUGAGAAACGAAGAACGCAUCGCAGUAGCCAGUCCUGCUAGAGUGUAUGCACUCACGGAAAUCUUAAAGAAGCGAAUGAAUCGCAAAAAACACAGCAUUUCUCUCCUCAUAGACAAAGGUAGGCUAUGUACUAAUUCCGCAGACAUGUGUGAAUUAUUCAACUCAACUUUUGCAGGUAACUACCUUAAGCCCACAGUCCAGUUACUCAAUAUACACCCUGCUACUAAUGUGGCACAAACUCCAUCUCCACACACACCAAACUUAAUUAGCACUAUUGAAUUUAACUAUACUAACAUUAAACAAACUAUAAGAACCCUAAAAUGCUCAAAAGGUUUCGGUACUGACGGCAUAUCAUCCUAUUUUUAUAAAUAUGGUGGCCCUGACAUUCCCUUACUCCUGCUUAAAAUAUUCACAAUGUCCUUAGAAACCCAAACUUACCCUGAUGUAUGGAAAACAACGUUUAUUAUGCCUAAACACAAAUCUGGCUCGAAAACAGACGUCAGUAACUACAGGCCAAUUAAUAUCACACCUAUAGCUUCUAGAAUUAUGGAGAGACUAGUUAAAGAAAACCUAAUGAAGCAUAUGCUUAGUUGCAAUAUUAUAAGCCCGAACCAACAUGGAUUCCUAAAAUCCAGAUCUUGUUUAACAUGCCACUUAGACUUCUUUAACUUUGUGACCAGCAGUCGUGACAGACGACAACUAGUACUUGUCAUCUACUUUGACAUCUCAAAGGCAUUUGACCGUGUCGACCAUUUACUACUAGUGCACAAGCUGAAAUCCUUAGGAAUAAGUGACCCGCUAUUAGGAUGGCUUAAAUCAUUCCUUAACAAUAGGUCCCAAAUAGUUAAACUCGGAUCUAUAACUUCGAAACCUAGCCAAAUCACCUCUGGUGUAGUACAAGGUAGUGUCAUUGGACCCCUUCUAUUUACCCUAUAUAUUAACGACAUAUGCGCUUGCUUUACUCAUGGUAAACCAUUCAUCUUUGCAGAUGACCUCAAAGUAGCUUAUACAUUCCAACCUGAUGACCUAGGGUACUUCCAGAAUGUUGUACAAGAAGAACUAGAUAAAGUGACUGCUUGGUCGUCUUUAUGGAACCUCCAAUUUAACCUUAAAAAAUGUGGCUGGAUCUGCUUCGGUGCACCCUCAAUCGACAUAAAGUUAACGCUUCAAUCGGCUAACCUAACGAAACUCCAAAGUGUCGUUGACCUAGGUCUGAGGUACUCGAGUAACCUAACAUUCUCUGAGCAAGUGGCAUCACAGACUCAAAAGUCGAGGAUGCUCUUAGGAUGCAUACUAAGGAACUUUCACGACAAUGAAGCAAAGCUCAUUCUGUACAAAACCUGUGUGAGGCCACUACUAGAAUACUGUCCAUUUAUUAUUAGCAGCACUCACACACGUGAAAAGCUAAGAAUUGAAAGUAUCCAACGAUAUUUUACCUCGAAACUACUAGGCUACGAAUGUAAGAAAGACUACAUCUCACGUUGCAAGAUUCUACAACUUGACCCACUCUGGACAAGACGACUAAUUAUAAACCUAGUAUUCUUCUAUAAGGUCCUACACAAAAUAUCAUUCUCAGACAUUAAGGACAUACAAUUCGCGCAAGAAGGCUCUUACGAUCUGCGUAACCAAAAUUGCACAGUGACAAUAAAAGCCUUUAAGUCAACACUCCGCGAAAACUUCUUCACAGUCAUGUAUUCUAAAAUAUGGAACAAUCUGCCCCUAGAUAUCAGGAACUGUAAUACAGUUUUAAGUUUCAAACGCUCUCUGUACACACUAUUUCACUCUACUGACUAUAUAAAUAAACUAUUUAUUCCUAGAACGAAUCAACUAUUAGUCUACUACAGUACCUAAACGCGCUUAAAUACCCUUACUUCCCUAAAGACUAUAAAUAAACUAGUAGCAUAAAUGCAUAAAAAGACUAUUUCACUCUACCGACUAUAUAAAUAAACUAUUUAUCCCUAGAACGAAUCAACUAUUAGUCUACUACAGUACCUAAACGCGCUUAAAUACCCUUACUUCCCUAAAGACUAUAAAUAAACUAGUAGCAUAAAUGCAUAAAAAGACUAUUUCACUCUACCGACUAUAUAAAUAAACUAUUUAUUCCUAGAACGAAUCAACUAUUAGUCUACUACAGUACCUAAACGCGCUUAAAUACCCUUACUUCCCUAAAGACUAUAAAUAAACUAGUAGCAUAAAUGCAUAAAAAGACUAUUUCACUCUACCGACUAUAUAAAUAAACUAUUUAUCCCUAGAACGAAUCAACUAUUAGUCUACUACAGUACCUAAACGCGCUUAAAUACCCUUACUUCCCUAAAGACUAUAAAUAAACUAGUAGCAUAAAUGCAUAAAAAGACUAUUUCACUCUACCGACUAUAUAAAUAA